CUAGACUACAACUGUCAUGUUGACAUGUCGCCAUUCAGGGUUUACCAGUCUUACAUAUGGCAUCCAGCUUACAGGUCAUCAAUUUGGUAGGUAGUAGUGGACGGACCACUUCCGAUGCAUUGCCCAAUCAGUUUCUCGAUUAGGCUCGCGUUAACUCGGAGACUUUUCCUUCCAUGUGGAUUCCACCGCAACUUUGGUCGAAGUAGUUCGAUUGGCGAAAAUUUUCUGAUAUUGGGCAAGCGUACGCAAAACAGCCGGAGGAUGCCGCCCGCUGAGCUCAUUUUCUAAGCGGAGACAAACCAUGGCUCAGACUUGACUAUACUAGGCAGGCCAUAAUCUCCGUGCCGCUAAUUCCGGCUUCGCUCCGAUGAUGAUGCCGCUUUAACCGGCUGACCUGGUUGGUGAGACUGUUCAGGUACUCCCUCGGCCGUUCUGCCGUUCUUUGUGAUUCGCUCGAGGCAGCCACACUAGCUGGUGCGAAUUCAUUAAGCGACAUCAAGGAACUAUAACAGCCAGCUCUUCUCUAGCAGAAUUCGAUGGCUUCCUACCAGACGGUCCAACCGAUCCUGGUCAUGAAUCUGGCGAAGCAUAGGGAUUAUAGCUCUCCGGGUGGCACAGAAGCACUCGCUUCUGCUAGAGAUGUCUUUCCAUCGACACAUUCUACAAUAGCUAGAGAAGCCAUUACCCCAGACUCUUUGCUCAAGGACAGUAGUGAACCUCAUUGGCUUUUCGGACAUACUAAUUUCCAUAGCCACCUUAGCAUACACUAUCUGACAAGGUAUAGUUCUCGAUACUUAACGCACCUUAGCCAGAGUCUAUCAGAGUCUUCUCAUUCACUCAACUCGUUCAGUUUAACUUGCCGAGGAAUGUGCAAGUUGCAGUAUACGUACGGUCAAGUGAUUGAGAAUCGCACCCCUUACUUGAACAUGCCAGUCCCAUAUACGUACUGUGUUUUACUAACCCCACCGCAAGCACAGCCCUCGAGUAGGUGAGUGUGACCAGAAGUCACCGCAACAUGCCGCAAAAGACAGGGAGGGUGACUGCGGGGAGAUACAAAUCCAGCCUACUAGCCUGAAACAAGACAUGGGUAUGUCCUGCA